AUGGAGACCGUGUCCCUGGAGCAUCAGAUCCAGAGUGUGCAGAGGCACAUUGCUUUCUUGAAGAAGGAGCAGAUGGAGCUGCUUCGAGACCUGCACCUGGAGAUCCUGCGCCUACAGAAGCACUGUUCAGAACUGACCCGUGACCUGGAAGCCAAAGAGUCGCAGUCAGACCAACAAGAGGAGGCGUCGCGGCAUCUGGAGGCCAAGUGCCGGGCGCUGGAGGAGCAGCUGGCGGCGCGGGAGCGAGGCAACGGCGAGUUGCGGCGAGAGCUGCGGCAGCGCGACGCGCUCGUGUGGGCGCUGCGCUCCAGCCUGCGCAGCAAGGAGCGCCGCUUCCUGGAGGAGCUGCGGCGCCGCAGUCACCGCGCCACCGUGCUGGGCACCGAGCUGCAGAAGCAGAGCGAGGCCGCCGCCUACCUGUCCUUUCAGCUGCACGCCGCCCGCCAGAGGUUGCACGGGCUGCCUCGCUCCUCCCCUGGCCCCGGAGCCGCCGCUGGCGGGCGGCCCAGGAAACGCGGGUCUCGCGGCCGCCGGCCCCCUCCUUCGUCGCUACUCGUCGAGCCGUGUGCUCUGGGCAGCGCCAGGGACUGGGCGGCCUGGGAGCUGAGCUGCAGGCUGGACGAGGCCGAGCCCGAGCCCAUGCCCGACCCUGCCCUCUUCCUUUCCGCCCGUAGACCUCCGAGGCCCAGGGCUCGGGACAAGGCCCCCCAGACGUGCGCCAGCCCCCGCAAGCCUGUUCACCGGGAGCCCCCCGGUGAGGCUGCCGCCGGCCCCACCCAGCCCCGAUCCUGCAAGAGUACGCCGGGGAGGAGGCCGGCCGCCCCCAGCCCGGAUAGCUCGGUUGAUCUGGAGUAG